UAGAUCAUGCGCAUGCCCGUUUUAAACGCACUUGCAUGCAAGUGUGAUGAUUUAGAUUUAGAGGUUAUAAAAUAUUUUUUAAAUAAUAUUUAGAUAAAAAUUAAGUAAUUAAUUAUGGCAUUUAAUUUUAAAAAUGAAGAAGACGUCAGGUUAUAUUUAAAAAAUAUUUAUACUGAGUACAGAUUUGGAUGUGACAGUGAAAAAGAUGCAAAUGCUUGUCACCUCCUGGGGGAUUAUAUGGAAAGUAUUAGCGGAGAUUUUGAAAAAGCUGGUGAAAUUUAUAAAGCUAAUUGCGAUGAGAGAAAUUGGGCUAGAAGUUGCGCUAAGUACGGAGGAUAUCUAGGUGUUGGAAGAGGCUGCGAACAAAAUAUGAACGAAGCAUUCAAAUAUAUAAAAAAAGGAUGUGAAUUAGGCGAUGGUAUUGGCUGUGUACGCGCUGGAAUAUUGGCGUCAUCACCAAAACAUAAAUUAAUGGAUAGUAGAGCGGAUCAAGUUGCUUUGGGGAUGAGCAUGUUGUCUAAAGGCUGUUAUGAGCAUAACAAAGAAGAAGGCUGCUUUUAUUUGUCUGGUAUUUAUCUAGGAGGACUAAAGGGCGAAGUUGAGCCGAAUCUUAAGGAGGCUUACAAACUAUCGAUAAAAUCUUGCGAAGCGGGUAAUCCUUACGCGUGUGCUAAUUUAUCUCAAAUGCAUGCCCGUGGAGACGGCGCUGAAAAAAGUGAAUCAUUAGCUGAAGCAUUUAGAGAACGAUCACGCGUACUUCAUCGUGAACUUAAAAAAGCCCAAAAACAAAUUGAAUUUGGGCAGGGGAUCCAAGUGUAAAUAUCAUUUAUCAUGUAGAAGUAUCAUUUUUAUGAUACCAGCAUCGAAACCUAAAGUUUCAGUGUCUACAGUCAGUCGAAAUAAAUUAAUUUCAGCCCAAUGCCGCGAAUUAAUUUUAGCAGGCGCGUAAAUUGUGAAUGACUUCAAUCAAUGGGCAGAAAUAUUUGUUUGAAGACAUUCGCAAUUUAAACUCUGAUACUUGUCAUUUGUUUAAUAAUUUUAUUUACGUAAAUGACAGUUCUGACUGUGAUUAAGUUUUAUAAAAAUUACUGUGAAUAAUAAAUAGUAUUUAUAGUUUCUGCUUAAUCAUAAAUUUCAAAUUAAAAUUUACACUUACGCUAAUAGUUGGUCUUUAAUUAACUUGUUUCUGACUGGCUGCUGACAAGGAAACUUUAAGUUCCAGGUACUCAUGAAAAAUAUUGUGUGUAAUUCAGAAUUAAAUACGAUUUCAGACUGCGUACUAUUUUUAUAGUAUAUUGUGUGACAAGGGAUGAAACAAAACGAUUUCAGACCAGAGUGAAGGCUGACAUCACCCGCAGUCUAAAAUCGUCUCAUCCUGAGUUACACGCAAUAUUUUUCAUGAUUAUCUGGAACUUAUUCAUCGUCAGCAGCCAGUCAGAAAGAAAUUAAUUUAAGGACAACUAUCAGCGUAUGUUUAAAGUGUCAUUUGAAAUUUAUGAUUAAGCAGAAACUAUAAAUACUAUUUAUUAUUUACAGUAAUUUUUAUAAAACUUAAUCGCAGUCAGAACUGUCAUUUAUGUAAAUAAAAUUAUUAAACAAACGACAAGUAUCGGAGUUGAAAUUGCGAGUCUUUAAUCAGCGGGCAGAAACACAAAUAUUUCUGCCCGCUGGUUGAAGGCAUCCACAAUUUACGCGUUCGCUAAAAUUAAUUCGCGGCAUUGGACUGAAAUUCGCUUAUUUCGACUGACUGUAGAAAAACUUAGUUCCAAUGCAGGUAUCAUGAAAAAUAAUUUAAUUGUGUUAUAAUUAUUUUUUAAACAUUAAUAUUUAAUGUUAUACUAGCUUGUUAAUAAAUUAUCAAAGAAAAUAUUAAAUUAAAGUGUCUAGAAAUAUUAUUAUUAUUUUUAUUUUAUCGCGAUAUUAUUUUAAGUACUGAUUUUUUAUCAGCAGAUAAUUUAUGAGUCUAGAGAAUAAUAUUUUAAAAUUAAGUCACCUAAGAGCUGGUAUACAGGUAAAAUUAAAUGGAAUAAAACCGGUCUAGCAUCAUUAAUCAUCCCAUCUACAGUUGAACAAUGAACCUUGGGUAAACCAAUACCUAAAGUAGUGAUUGUCUCAUUUUUUUCCCCUCUCUGUCUAUCCCUUCCAAGUUUUAGCUCACCUUCUCCCACUAUAAUCAGCAUAAAAAAAAGAAAAAGGAA